GGCUCCGCUGGAAGAGCUGGCACGGCAGGAGAAGGAGGAAAAGCCCAGGAGAAGCCGCAGAGCCGCGGUCAUGGGCAGCCACCCCGCCGUGCUGCUGGCGCUCGCCCUUUGCGCCCUGCUGGAAGCCGGUCUGGGCCAUCCCCCGGCCGAGUCGCACCUGGCCGCGCGGCCGAGGAGCAAGCGAUGUUCCUGCAACAGCUGGCUGGAUAAGGAAUGCAUCUACUUCUGUCACCUGGACAUCAUCUGGGUCAACACACCUGGGCACACCGCUCCCUACGGCUUGGGCAGCCCACCAAGGCGGCGCAAGAGGUCGGCGGGACGGUGCGAGUGCUCGCACUCCAGGGACAGCAUCUGUGCCACCUUCUGCCACGGCAGGCCUGGGUACCUCCAGAGUCUGAAGCUCCCCGUGAGCUCUGGAGCAUCAGCGAGGUCUCUGCAGAGCGGUGCCACGAGGCCUCCCCAUCACGGGCUGCUGAGAGCUCUCAGGGACCUCAGGGUCUCCAGCCCACGCUCCAGCAAACGCCAGCAGCGCUCGCAGAGGGACACACAGCCACCAGUUCUGCCUUGGGAUAGAAACAUCUGGAAGAAGAAAAGAUAAGAGACAGGAGCACACCAAGCUCACCAGAAGAAUUUGGAGUCCUGUGGGUGCCACCAGCUCUGCUGUCAGUUGCUAGAGCUGAAGGGAAGGCCGUGAGUGGAAGGGAAGAAGGUGGAAGUCUCCGUGUUCCUGCUGCAUGAACCAGCACUCAAGGGACUGCUGCAAAGGGAAAAACUGUCUGUCCAUCCAGUCAGAGAAGUGUCCUGGAGCUGAAUUGUGCCUUUGUGGAUCAGGCAAGGGUUGUGCUGGAGCAGCACCGGCUGGACUGUGCCCUGGAGGCCUCAGCAAGGGCUCAGCCAGAGGAACAGGGCUGGACCAGGGACUGUGCCCUGGAGCCCUCAGCCAGGGGUUCUGGGCAGGGCUGGAGCAGGCAGCACUGAGCCCAUCGCUGCCCUGAGCUCUGGAGCUGUCCAAGCCUGCCCCAUCCAAAGGGGUUUGCUGCUUGCUGCAGUCAGGGAUGAGCUGCCUCAGCCCGAGCCCACCUUUGCACUAUUUUCUCCUGUCAGUGCCCAUGGCCCAGGCUGCCGUGGUGGAACAGCUCCCGUUUUGCGUUAGAGUUUAUUUCAUCAUCCCCUGGAGUGAGCUGAGCAGUCAGGGGCACCAAGUGGCUGAGAAAUCCCUGGGGUGGAUUCCCACCUUGGCUGUGGCUGAGGGGCAGGAUCAGCUGCCCCAGGGAUGGCACCAAACCCCGCUGGGGCUCAAGGGGGGCUGAGCUUGUGCAGGAGCCCCCAGAGGCAGGGCAGGGUGAGCAGAGCCCUGGUGAGGGUCAGGGAACCCUCUCAUCUCCUUGGGCAUGCUCUCAGUGAGGAUCUGCAGCUCCUGAAUAUCCCAGCCUCCUCCCAGCUGGAGAGGGCACACAAAGCCUGGCCUGGGUCAGCUCUGAGCCAGCUCUGCACAGUAAAUGAGCAGUCAGGGCCAGCAGGUCACCGUGGGGAGGGGAAUGCAGCCAGGUGGGAAUGAUGAGGAGGGAAGAACUGGUUGGAACAGGGGCUGGGUGGUCUCUGAGGUCCUUUCCGACCCAAACCCUGUGAUUCUGUAAGGGAGCACAGCCCUGCCUGAGUCGGGCUCAGGUUUAAACCCAGCUCUGCUGGCCCAGGGGAGGGAAGGAAACAUUUGGGACAAGGACUGAGUGCAUGCAGAGCCUGGAAACCAAGCGGGCAGGCAAAGGCAGCUCUGGAGCUGUGUCACAAAUGCACUUUUGUUUGCCUGGGCAGACUGAGCUCUGCAGGAGCCAGGGCUGUCACCUGGGCAGGGCAGGUACAGAGCUGCUCUCCAUUCUGGGUCCCUCUGCUGCCCAGGACUGCACAGGAGCUCUGGAGAGGCUGCUUGAAGUUGGUGGUGGACCAAAACCUGUGGCUGUGGCAAGUGUAGUCCCAAUGGACAAGAAAAAGAAUUCCUUGAUUUUGCUUUAAGCCCCAGAGAGGGGGAAAAAAAAGACCAAUUGAUUGUAUUGUGGGUGAAAGAGCAGAUGAAUCAUUUGGUCCCCAAAGCUGCAGAGAAUCUGUUUUUAUCUUCGACCUUCUGAAGGUUGGAGUUACUCUAAAAAAACCAAAAGAAGAAAAUCCUGAAAGGGUUUGUUCCAGAGGAAAUUUUGCACAUGGUUUAAUGUGAGUAAUUUAAAAUAAAACUACUGCUGUAAAGUACUCUGUCAAUCUCCUCGUGUGUAAUGUCCCACCCUGAGUGACUUACUGCACACCUGCCAAAUGUAGCAUCCUGAAAUCUGUAUAUUUAUUUAAAUCUAUUGAUUUUUUUUAGGCAGUGACUUUCAUUGUAUAAUUUGUAAUAAAUAAUGACAACAGUCAA